GGCUGUCACGUCGACCCAAGUCGCUUGAGCCUCGGUGCUGUACAAUGCGAAGAACGAAGGCGAUGCUGGGCCGCGCUCAAGAUGCUCUACACACAUCAGAAUACAGCCAUGGGCCACCCCGGGAUAGCUCACGCCUACUUCCCAUCCAACUGCCGUGCACCUGCGGACAUUGACGAUGAUAAUCUGCAUACGGACACGUCCGACGAUGCCCUGGAAAGCCUUUCGACCACUGGCGGCCCGACGCAAAUGACUUAUCUUCUGAAAAAGUUCCGACUGUACGAUAUCUGCACUGAUAUUUGCGAACAUGUUCUAUGCAAGAGUUGCGGUCAUCUUGCGCAAAUACGUCGCCUCGAUGGCGCCAUUCAACGAGAACAACGAUCAUGGGACACACAGUUCUUCGCUAUUGCCCGCACUGAGCAACAAUUAGCGCCCCACCACAGAGCACACGUAAACAUUCUGCGAUCUUACGCUCAUCAUCUCACAUUAUUGUUGCAUCAGCAAAUUAUCCUCAGAACGAGCGACGCUGCGAACGAUGAAGAUGUCCUGCGAUGGUCAAGCGUCCGUUGCUUGGACGCUGCAAUGAGCAUUUUGCAUGUUCAUGCUUAUGUGCAGAACGUCCCGGAACUGCAACCUUACCAAUGGUACAAUCAUGGACUGGGCAGUUUUCACGCCUUCCAUGCUACGGUGGUGCUGGUCAUGAUGUGCCAAAAAGGCUUGCAUCAGAAUCGCAAAUAUGCGAUCGGCCCAGCAUUGCGAGACUGCCACGCUCGAUUCGCUGGCAUGGGUCAUCUGAGUCCAUUCUGUGCCAAAGCUGCGCCUUUGCUGCAGAUGCUCGUAGCUCAAUUCGAGACUGCAGGUCAAAUGAUUGAUCAUGGCUCAGAACCCAACCGGAGACUGCAAGGGAGUCUAAAUCUCCACCAGGGCAGCGGCACGAGCGAUGCACAGAGGCAUACCGCUUCAUCGGAAUUUGAAAACAACGCUCGUGAGGAUUCUGGUGUGGCCGAGGUGCAAAACCUGCUCAAUCACGAUCCACCAGUCGUGAAUGAUGAAAACAUAUUAGACUGGAAUGAGCUCCUGGCCGAGAUUCAGCCACAGCAAUGGGUUAGCCCGGCAGUAUUUCCACUGGAGCAAUGGUUCAACGUGAGCAAUAAUGAACGAUGA